AAAGCACGAAGGCACUUGAAUACUGCGCAUUUUCAAUGCAAUUGGACGAAGUUGCUCUGGUGAUUUCUGAUGGAAUGUAUGCCUAUGGUCACAUUGGGAGGGCUCCUGAUAUUCCCCCAGACGCAACAGUGAUCUAUGAAAUCCAGCUGCUUGAUGUUAGAAAUGCUCCGGACCCAAAAGAGCUGUCACCUUCAGACUGCAUACGGAUCUGUAAGCAGAAACGAGAGCGUGGCAACUACCACUUCCAGAGAGGUGACUACCAUAGCGCUGUAAAGUCAUACAACCUUGCACUGGACUUCCUGAAUAUUUCCACAGAACUUAAACCCAAUGCUCAGGAAGCAGAAGAGCUCCAGGAAGAUGGGCUAAAAUGUCUCAAUAACUUGGCAGCUGCCCAGCUUAAGUUGAAGCUCCAUGAAGAGGUGAUUGCUUCCAGCAAUGCUGUGCUGCACCUAGAUCCCAACAACGUGAAGGCGUUGUUCAGGAAAGGAAAGUUAUUAGCAGAACAGGGUGACUACGAGGGAGCAAUGGAGACACUCAAGAAAGCACUGAAACUUGAACCCGGCACAAAGAUGUCUGUUCAUUACCAGGCCAUUCAUGCAGAACUUUCCAAAUUAGUUAAGAAACAGACUGGCCAGACACAAUCCCUGAAGGAAAAAGACAGAAAUUGGCAGAAAAGAGCAGCGAAACCCUUGACAUCUCUUCCCACUGCACAAGAGUCUUCCCCGGCUGUCCCAUGGAAAUGGCUUUUUGGAUCUGUGAUGGUGGCCGUUGGAUGCGUGGUCACCACCAUUGUGUUGGCAGCAAGAAACUGAACUACAGCAGGUGGACAAGGACACACAAUGGCCAGAGAACUAUAAGUGUCCAAUUCUGAAGAGCUUGUUCUUGGACAAUACCAACAUGUAUCCAUUCUUCUUGACAGGAAGAGGUAAAAUAUGUCAAGAAAUGGAGUUGAGGAAUGGUGAGGUUGAGCAAUGGUAAAACUACAUUUUCAAAUCUCAGUACAGAUUAUGAUCAAUUAGGGCAGGGGUUCCUAAACUUUUUUUAUGCCAUGGACCAAUACCAUUAAGCAAGGGGUUCAUGAAACCCAGGUUGGGAACCCCUGAAUUAGGGUAUAGAAUCUUUUAAAUUGCUCCUAACUUCAAUGGUGAGGCUACUUCAUGUAUUUUGUUUACUUAUCAGCAAUCAGUACAAUCUAUAAAAAUGUCAAUGAUAUUAAACAGAAAUUAUUUACUAGAUUACUGCAUUCUGCAUUGCACUAGUAAAAUUACACAAAUAUUUAAAAAAACACCAACAGUCCAUUUUAACAAUGACCUCCAUUGGAUACCAGUCUAUUAAAGUAGGUAUUUAGUGCCACUGGAAAUUUUCAAGCAUACAGUGUGUGAUUGCUUUGAGAGUUCCCAAUCAUUCUACAUUUAAUAGGACUUACAGUUAAGAAACCUUAGAGUUAUUUUCUAAUGCUGUAAGCUAGAAAGGCUCUUUUAGAAUGUAAGAUUCCAUGAGCACAGUUUGUUGAGAUGUUUUCAAUGUUAUCCUUGUUCAAACAAGAGAGUCAUAUGCCAAUAAUCAUGGGCAAUUGUAGCAUUUCAUUCUGCGGUCGGUGGGAGUGGAAGAGGAAUUGUGUAAAAGAACCAUUUAUUCAUGAAUCUCAUGCUUGUUCUGUACAGCUAUUUCAUGUUUUCAGGUACAGAAGGCCAAAUGUUAAUGUAAUAAUCGGCACUCUGCAAUUUUAAACUGUGGUAGAGUAGGUAGACAAGGAGGUAAUCGGUUCCCCUGAGGACCUUCUUUCCAUUGGACACUUUAACACGUAAUUGAUGAAUCCAUUAAACAGUGGAAAAUAAAAGAGCUUUUAUCUAAUUUGUGUAAUUGCAUUUAAUAUCAGGGUUUCAGAAACCUAUUUUAUUUGGGUAAGUAUGUAUUGUUUAUUUUCAUUAAAUGCACAGCUAGAUGAGACUAAGUAAGUAAGAAUGACUAAGUAAGGUGUGUGAGUGGGCAGUGGAGGCGGAUUCUCUCACAAUAUUUAAGAAUUAUCUAGUCAAGCACUUGACUACAAAGGCACAGAAGGCUAUGGACCAAGUACUGAAUCAAUACAGAUGGAUGCUUGAUGAUAGUCAAUGGCAUGGUGGGCCAGGAGGUUUGUUUCUGCUCUGUAUGGCUUAAUGACUCCAUAGAGUUUUGAUUAAUAUUAACAAGUAAAUUAGAAUAUUAAUCAUACAACAUAUGAGACAAUCGUUGGGUACUUACUAACAAUUUUGCAAAGACACUGAUGCAACAUCAAUAACUCUCGGAGACGUGAGGCGAGAUAGGCUUUUAUUAGCUGGAAGAAAGCACUGUCAGCAGCAAGAGACCAUCACACAACAUCCUGGAGACAGAGGGAGGAGCAGUGCCUCCAAUUGCCUUUAUACCGGGGUCUGUGGGAGGAGCCACAGGAGCAGUCAGCGGAGGGGCUUGUCCAGACAGGUAAAUGUAGUUUACCACAGACACCAAGGCUGCAACAGGAAAUUUUCAAUGUACAAGAUCUAUUUCAGUUCCUAUCCCCAUUUUCCAAAGCAACACCAGUGACAGACAGUUGUGCAAAGAGAGAGCUGUACCCACGAUUUUCUAACACAACUGAGAAACUGCUGUCAUUAAAACUUGGUUGACA